GUGACUGUGUUGCAUUCGCAUCGAUAAACACUUUCACCAGUCUACUGGCCGGCCUCAUCGUGUUCGGAACACUGGGUCACAUGGCCACAGUAGCCGGAGUACCAAUCGGCGAUGUUGCAGAUUCCGGCCCAGGUCUGGCAUUCGUCGUCUAUCCAAGGGUUUUGGGAAUAUUACCAGGCAGCCUAUUCUGGUCCGUCUGUUUCUUCCUGAUGAUACUUCUACUCGGAAUAGACAGCCAGUUUACUGGCGUAGAGGGUAUGGUCACAGCCAUCAGUGAUUUCUUCCCAUCCCUGACAUUCCGUCCUCUACGCCGAACUGCAUUCGUCGCUUCUUCGUGCAUUGUCUGUUACCUGGUUGGACUGCCAAUGGUUACUGAAGGCGGCAUGUACUUGUUCCAACUUUUCAACCACUACGCAGGCAGCCUGAUCAUCAUGCUGACAGCGUUUUUCGAAUGCGUUGUAGUUGGUUACUUUUAUGGAGGAAGGAAAAUAUCCCGUAACAUGAAGCUGAUGCUUGGAUUCAGCAUGGGACCAAUACCCAUUAUUUUCUGGUGCGUACUCACUCCGAUCUUUACACUCUCUGUCUUCGUCCUCAGCGUCGUGGUGUACGAAGAGCUCACCUACGAACGCGCUGCCAAAACAGUCGUCUACAAAUACCCCGACUGGGCGGUGGUAGUCGGAUGGCUGAUAGCCAGUUGUAGUGUUUUCAUGAUUCCCAUCGUUAUGGUGAUUCAAAUUCUGCGCACACCGGGAUCGUUGUUUGAGAGGAUUCGAACACUAUGUCGCCCACGGAUGUGCGAGGAACGGACACUUUUAUUGGAGACUCAGGAUAUCGUCCAAUCAAACAAGGAAUAUUGCAUAAGUG